AGAAGUAGCUAUUGGUUAUAUCAUGUGAUGUCUUAAUAAAUAAUAAUAAUGUGAUAUUUUUGUUUUUGAGUGUAUAAAAGUAUCCGUAAACAUGACUGAUUUAAAUACCGCCGCGAUUGCGGAUAUAAAAAAACCCGAGGAGGUUGUUACGAUGGCCAUUAAUGAUAAUUUGAAAUUUGCUGUGUUGAUAGGACUCAUCGAAGUUGGACAAGUUUCGAAUAGAGAAGUUGUAAAUACUAUUCUUCAACUGUUGGUCGGCGGGGAAUUUGAUAUGGAAUUGAACUUCGUCAUACAGGACGCCCAAAACAUCAAACACAUGCUGGAACUUCUAGACCACUGUCCUGCAAAUUUACAGGCGGAGAUAUGGAGCGUUUUUAUAGCAAUUUUGCGAAAAAGUGUUCGAAACUUGCAGGCUUGCACGGAUGUGGGUCUAAUAGAACACGUCCUGGCCAGGCUACCACGUGCGGAAGUUGUUGUUGCAGAUUUGCUCAUAGACAUGCUCGGAGUUCUUGCCAGUUACAGUAUUACUGUAAAGGAAUUAAAAUUACUUUUCGGAUCGAUGAAAUCUGUCAACGGAAAAUGGCCCCGUCAUUCGCCGAAACUUCUGAAUGUCCUGCGCCAAAUGCCUCACAGAAACGGUCCCGAUGUAUUUUUCAGCUUUCCGGGACGAAAAGGAUCCGCCGUGGUUCUGCCGCCAUUAGCUAAAUGGCCUUACGAGAAUGGUUUUACAUUCACGACGUGGUUCAGAUUGGAUCCAAUCAAUUCAGUUAAUAUCGAACGAGAGAAACCUUAUUUAUAUUGUUUUAAAACUAGUAAAGGUGUAGGCUACUCGGCUCAUUUUGUAGGAAACUGUUUAGUAUUAACAUCAAUGAAAAUUAAAGGCAAAGGAUUCCAACAUUGUGUUAAAUAUGAAUUCCAACCUAGGAAAUGGUAUAUGAUUGCAAUAGUUUAUAUAUACAAUCGUUGGACGAAAAGCGAAAUAAAAUGUGUAGUUAAUGGCCAAAUAGCAUCCAGUACGGAAAUGGCGUGGUUUGUUUCAACUAAUGAUCCCUUCGACAAGUGCUACAUCGGAGCUACACCCGAAUUGGACGAGGAACGAGUCUUCUGCGGGCAGACAUCGGCGAUAUAUUUGUUCAGCGAAGCACUGACGACGCAUCAGAUAUGUGCGAUGCACAGGCUCGGACCCGGGUACAAAAGUCAAUUCCGUUUCGACAAUGAGUGCUACUUAAAUCUUCCGGAGAACCAUAAGAGGGUUUUGUACGAUGGUAAAUUAUCGAAUGCGAUUGUGUUCAUGUAUAACCCGGUGGCGACCGACAGCCAACUUUGUCUGCAAUCGGCGCCGAAGGGCAACAUGUCCUACUUUGUGCACACACCUCAUGCCCUCAUGCUGCAGGAUGUUAAAGCAGUUAUAACAAAUUCCAUUCAUAGUACGUUAAAUUCAAUCGGAGGAAUUCAAAUAUUAUUUCCACUUUUCUCGCAACUUGAUAUGCCUUAUGAUUGCCUCUCGGCUGCUGAUAUUAAAAGAGACCCUACAUUAUGUUCGAAGUUGUUAGGAUUUAUAUGUGAGCUGGUCGAAAGUUCGCAGACGGUCCAACAGCAUAUCAUUCAAAAUCGAGGAUUCCUGGUCAUUUCCUUCAUGCUGCAGCGAUCGUCAAGAGAACACCUGACCACAGAAGUCUUAGAUUCGUUCCUGAGUCUUACGAAGUACCUUGUUACGUGCCAAUCUGCCAACAGUGAUUUGAUGUUGAAACAGCUCCUGGAUCAUAUAUUAUUCAAUCCGGCUCUGUGGAUUUACACUUCGGCCGCUGUUCAAGCUCGAUUGUAUUCGUAUUUGGCCACUGAAUUCUUGUCUGAUACACAAAUUUACUCUAAUGUCCGGAGAAUAUCGACAGUAUUGCAGACGGUGCACACUCUUAAGUAUUACUACUGGGUGAUCAACCCGAGGACGAAGAGUGGAAUCACGCCGAAAGGACUAGAUGGGCCUCGACCAGCUCAGAAAGACAUUUUGGCUAUCCGUGCGUAUAUUCUAAUGUUUCUGAAACAACUAAUCAUGAUUGGAAAUGGUGUAAAAGACGAUGAACUUCAAAGUAUUUUAAACUACCUCACAACACUACACGAAGACGAAAAUUUGCACGAUGUUUUGCAAAUGCUUAUAUCGUUGAUGUCUGAACAUCCCUCCUCCAUGGUACCCGCGUUCGAUGUAAAACAAGGUGUAAGGACCAUAUUUAAACUUCUUGCAGCCGAAAGUCAAUUAAUAAGAUUACAAGCAUUGAAGUUGCUGGGAUUCUUCCUCAGUCGUAGUACCCAUAAACGAAAAUACGAUGUUAUGAGUCCACACAAUCUUUAUACUUUGUUGGCCGAGAGGUUACUUAUUCAUGAAGAAUCUUUGUCUCUACCAACGUAUAAUGUACUAUAUGAAAUUAUGACAGAGCAUAUAUCGCAACAGAUAUUGUAUACCAGACAUCCGGAACCUGAAAGCCAUUUUCGGUUAGAAAAUCCUAUGGUGCUGAAAGUUGUAGCUACGCUUAUUAGACAAUCAAAACAGAAUGAUCAAUUAUUAGAAGUCAAAAAGCUAUUUUUAUCCGAUAUGACGUUGUUGUGUAAUACACAUAGGGAGAAUAGACGCACUGUUCUUCAGAUGUCGGUAUGGCAGGAGUGGCUGAUUGCAUUGGCUUAUAUACAUCCCAAGAGCACUGAGGAACAAAAAACUUCCGAUAUGGUUUACUCAUUAUUCCGAAUGCUUCUGCAUCAUGCAAUCAAACACGAAUAUGGAGGAUGGCGUGUCUGGGUCGACACGUUAGCCAUAGUACAUUCCAAAGUUUCCUAUGAGGAGUUUAAGUUACAAUUUGCCCAAAUGUACGAACAUUACGAAAGACAAUGUUCUGACAAUAUUACUGAUCCGGCUUUGAGACAGCAGCGUCCAAUCAGUACAAUAUCAGGAUGGGAUCAAGCCCAACAAGCGGCCGACGAUUGCGAUUGUCACAAGGAAAGACAGUGGGAUAAAAUGAAUGCCAUUACGGAAGGGAGUCGCAAAAAGAUGUCAUUUGUAGUUGUGAUGCCAACUCUAUUGAUAACGAAAACAGUCCAAACAGCGACGAGGCGAAGUGGACGAACGAACAUGACUCCUCUGAGAUAUGUGUGUCUAGUGACAAGGAUAUUUACGCCGAGGUCAGAAAAAUUGAGAAUUGGAAAAACAAACCCGUCGAAUCUAGAGAAACAGAAAAUUAUGAUGACGGGGAUAAAAUCCCAUUUACAUAACGGAAUGCACGAAGAGAAAUCAAGUACAGAACUAGAAGAAUUAAAAACUAAGCAAAUUUUAGUAAAAAAUGUUGUGGACGAUAUAUUAAGUCAAGCUGAAAAAUUAGCUGACGGACUUAAUGCUAAUAAGCAACACUUGAAUUCCAUUCAAGAUGAUUCAACUAAACCAGUUGAUGGAAAUGUCAGUUUAGAAAAUAAAGUGAAUGAUAAGACUGAUGACGAAUUACAUAAGAAUUCUCUUCCUGGUUUUGAUGGUGGAGGAGAUAGUGAUAUGUCCGAAUCUUAUUUAACUCCUUCAGAUUCAGCAGGUAAAAGUCCAGAACAUUUUGAACCUGGAAUUUCUAAAGAGCCGGUAAAGAAAAUUUUAUCUAAUGGAAAUUUGAAAAAUAUUUUAGAUUUAAAGGUUACAGUUGUAAAUACGGACAACAUGGAUGAGCUUCGCAGUGAAGCAAAGGUAGUAGUAGACGAUAUAAUCGACAAGGCUGUCGAAAGUAUUAAUAGUCAACAAAACUCAGAUGAUAGCAACAACAGUAUUACGAAAGAAGACAGUAUUGUUCAACUUGAUACAAACAAUGUGUCCUUACCUGACACAGCAGUUAGUGAAUUAGCUGACAACUUAACUGAUAGUGCCAUGAACCCGAGUAGUGAAGAACCGUCCAAUGAAAUCAAUCUUAAUGAAGACUUGGCUAGUAAUAGUGAUGUAAAAACGGAUGAUGUGAAUGUUAGUGAGAUGGAUGUUAGUGAAGGUAAAGAUGAAAGUGAAGACACCACGGAUACGAAGCAGAAAAUUGAAAUUUCUACAAUUUCGUACAGUGGGCAGCAGAAUGAAUGCGAAAUUAAUACGAUUGGAGAAGUAAUGAAUGAUCAUUAUAAGCGAGAGAACGUUGAUAGUAAUAUGUGUGGUGAAGAUACUGUAGGAGAGAUUAAGAGGCGUAUCAGCUUGCCGUCUGAUGUUCAUGAUAAAGAAACGCAAAAGGAUGAAGUGGCCGAUGAUCAAGUUACCUCGCCGCAACAACGUCCACGAAGUGCUUCUACCAGUACGCAAGUCAAUAACACUAGUGAUAUGAACCGUCCAAAGUCGGAUUCGUCAACCAACCGGCCGAUGUUUAGUCCUGGACCAACGAGGCCACCGUUUAGGAUUCCCGAAUUCAAAUGGUCUUACAUCCAUCAGAGGCUUUUAUCUGAUGUUCUGUUUUCUCUAGAAACAGAUAUCCAAGUCUGGAGAAGUCAUUCCACAAAGUCUGUCCUAGAUUUUGUAAAUAGUAGUGAAAAUGCUAUAUUUGUUGUGAACACGGUGCAUCUGAUUUCGCAAUUAGCUGACAAUUUGAUCAUUGCUUGUGGAGGACUAUUGCCAUUAUUAGCAUCGGCAACAUCGCCAAAUAACGAAUUGGAUGUGAUUGAGCCAACACAAGGAAUGCCCAUUGAAGUUGCAGUUUCCUUUCUGCAGCGGCUUGUUAACAUGGCUGAUGUGUUAAUAUUUGCCAGUUCUUUGAAUUUUGGUGAACUGGAAGCAGAAAAGAACAUGUCCAGCGGAGGAAUAUUACGUCAAUGUUUGCGACUGGUUUGUACUUGUGCUGUUCGCAAUUGUUUGGAGUGUAAAGAACGUGCAAAACCACAUUGGCAGCAUAUGGAACGAGGAAUGCAAGGGUCAUCUCAAGGGGUUCCAGUCGUUCAAAUGAAUUCACACCUCCAGUCUCUUAUAUGGGGGUCACAACCAAAGAAUAUUGUCGAUAAUGUAUCAAAUCAAAUGAGCCCUAUAAAAGAUUCUGAAAAGCUAUUGCAAGAUAUGGAUGUUAAUAGAUUGCGGGCAGUUAUAUACAGAGAUGUGGAGGAGACUAAGCAAGCUCAGUUUUUAUCACUGGCAAUCGUGUAUUUUAUUUCUGUUCUGAUGGUUUCUAAAUACCGUGACAUUUUGGAACCUCCAAUUGUUCAAAGAAUUUCCACUCCGUCUCCACCUGCAGUUCGAGUGCAACAUCAUUCCAACAGUCCGUCAGGAUCAAGAAUUGUACACAGCCAAAGCCAAGAAGACGGAGACUAUGAAGUGAUUGUUGUCGAUGAAAAUAAUUCAUCGGUUUUAGCAGAUCAAGAAUCACAUUCAAGUGGUCCUGCUUCUAUAAAGGAUAUAACGACGACAUCAUCGGCUCAACAGCAAGCCGAAAUUUCGUGUCCGGUUAAAGAGAUGACACCGGUUAAAGAGACCACUAACCAGGAACAGAGUGUAGAUUCAAUUGAAGAUGGCACCUCUCUUAAUUUAAUAUCCACGGAAACCAAUGUCGAUGCUGAAACUGGUAGUGAUAAUAUGCCAGAUGACAAUAAACAGGUGAGCAAUGAUGACAGCUGGACUGAUGUCAAUUUGAACGAAGAAGGAGAAUCACCAUUGACCAUCAACAACGCCAAAGAACAGCAACGAAAUGUUCACAACAUGCAACAUUUAGGUAGAGGAAAUGUUGACUACGAAGGCAAUAUUCAUCAUCAUAUUGGUGAGGAAAUUAAUUAUUAUAUGCAACGUACAGAUAUCGCACGUGGCGAAAUAUCAGUAGUCCGCAUUCCCGAAAGUUUUAAUACGACCGGCAACCAGAACCGCAAUGAAGAUUUUGAUCCUAUAAAAAAUUUGGUCGACCAGCUACCUUUACCAUCAGCUACACCGUCACGUGAAGCCUCGCUCACCCAAAAACUAGAAAUGGCUUUAGGCUCCGUAUGUCCUUUACUGAAGGAAAUUAUGGUAGAUUUUGCACCAUUCUUAUCCAAAACCCUAGUCGGUUCUCAUGGGCAAGAACUGUUGAUGGAAGGCAAGGGAUUGACGACUUUCAAGAACAGCACUUCGGUCGUAGAAUUGGUGAUGUUGUUAUGCUCUCAAGAAUGGCAGAAUUCACUGCAGAAACAUGCUGGAUUGGCAUUCAUCGAGUUGAUUAACGAAGGAAGGUUGUUGUCGCAUGCCAUGAAGGAUCAUAUAGUACGGGUGGCCAACGAGGCGGAAUUUAUACUCAACCGCAUGCGAGCAGAUGAUGUACUGAAACAUGCUGACUUUGAGUCCCAAUGUGCUCAAACGUUGCUCGAAAGACGUGAGGAGGAAAGGAUGUGCGAUCAUCUCAUAACUGCAGCACGAAGAAGGGAUAGUGUUAUAGCAAGCAGAUUAUUAGACAAAGUUAGAAACAUUAUGGGAAAUAAACAUGGAGCAUGGGGACAUGUGCAACCUGCUACAUCGAAAAUUACGAAUUUUUGGAAGUUGGACGCAUGGGAAGACGAUGCUCGCAGAAGGAAACGUUUCAUUCAUAAUCCACGAGGUUCAAGCCAUCCUCAUGCUACCUUGAAAGCAGCAGUCGAAUAUGGUGCACCAGAAGAUGCCAUACUCCAGGCACGCGAAGAAUUCCAUUCACAGCUUGCAAUAGCUCGCUCACAACAAACAACUCAAACGUCUACUGAUCUUCUUGAAGACAAUGAGCUUCUCUCCGAUGAUAGAGAUUUUGAUGUCGACCUAACAGGUCCAGUUAAUAUAAGUACCAGAGGAAUGUUAAUUGCACCAGGCCUUGUUGCACCAGGAACCAUAUCUAUAACAUCGACGGAGUUGUAUUUUGAAGUGGAUGAGGAUGACCCUAAAUUCCAGAAAAUUGAUUCAGAGGUCUUGCGCUACUGUGAUCAUCUCCAUGGAAAAUGGUAUUUUUCAGAAGUACGAGCUAUUUUUUCAAGGCGUUACCUUUUGCAAAACUUGGCAAUAGAAAUCUUUUUGGCUAGUCGCACUUCAAUAUUGUUCGCCUUGCCCGAUCAGAGCACUGUUAAAAAAGUUAUAAAGGCGCUGCCUCGUGUUGGUGUCGGUAUCAAAUAUGGAAUUCCGCAAACAAGGAGAGCUUCUAUGAUGUCCCCUCGUCAAUUAAUGCGAAACUCCAAUAUGACACAAAAGUGGCAGAGAAGAGAAAUUUCUAAUUUCGAAUACCUAAUGUUUUUAAAUACAAUUGCGGGUCGUACGUACAACGAUCUGAACCAGUACCCGGUGUUCCCGUGGGUGCUGACCAACUACGAGUCGAAGGACAUGGACCUUAGCCAGCCGUCGAAUUACAGGGACCUCUCGAAGCCGAUCGGCGCCCUCAACCCGAACCGUCGCGCCUACUUCGAGGAGAGGUACAACAGUUGGGAACACGAGAGCAUACCGCCGUUCCACUACGGGACCCAUUACUCAACAUCGGCCUUUGUUCUCAACUGGCUCAUUAGAGUGGAACCUUUUACGACAAUGUUCCUAGCUCUACAAGGUGGAAAAUUUGACCACCCUAACCGUCUAUUUUCUUCAGUUGCCAAUUCCUGGAAAAAUUGCCAAAGAGACACAUCAGACGUCAAGGAAUUGAUACCAGAAUGGUUUUUCCUGCCAGAAAUGUUCGUGAACAGUUCUGGAUAUCGUUUAGGCCAGCAAGAGGAUGGAACCCCGGUAAAUAAUGUUCAACUUCCACCGUGGGCCAAUUCUCCUGAAGAGUUCAUAAGAAUAAAUCGGAUGGCUCUUGAAUCCGAGUUUGUUUCUUGUCAACUGCAUCAGUGGAUCGAUUUGAUAUUUGGUUAUAAACAAAGAGGGCCCGAAGCACUCCGAGCAACCAAUGUAUUUUAUUAUCUAACUUACGAAGGUAGUGUAGAUUUAGAUUCAAUAGCUGAUCCAGUAAUGAGAGAGUCAAUAGAAAACCAAAUUAAGAAUUUUGGACAAACUCCAUCGCAGUUGCUGAUGGAACCGCACCCUCCUAGAAGUUCUGCAAUGCACGUGUCUCCGAUGAUGUUCUCCAGUAUACCGGACGAUGUAUGCAUGGCUAUGAAAUUCCUGUCGAAUUCACCAAUAUGUCAUAUAUCAGCGAACACUUAUCCACAGCUGCCAUUCCCUUCAGUAGUAACUGUUACGACAAAUUAUCAAUUUGCUGUAAAUCGAUGGAAUUGUAAUUAUGCCGUUAGCGUACAGUCGCCAAGUUAUGCUGAAACCAGCCAAAACCAAAGCAGUAAUCUGCCUCUUGCGAUGGAUCCCGUACUUUCCCAAGCUACAAAUAGUUCGAAUUCUACUGUUCGCCGGCAUUUGGGCGAUAAUUUUAGUCAAAAACUGCAAAUAAGGUCGAAUUGUUUUGUGACGACAGUCGAUAGCAGAUUUCUUGUGGCCUGUGGCUUCUGGGACAACAGCUUUAGAGUUUUCUCAACGGAAACAGCGAAAAUCGUGCAGAUAGUAUUCGGCCACUACGGUGUGGUGACCUGCCUGUCUCGUUCCGAGUGCAAUAUAACAUCAGACUGUUACAUCGCAUCAGGUUCGGCCGACUGCACCGUCCUGCUCUGGCACUGGAACGCCCGCACCCAGAGCAUUGUCGGCGAAGGUGAGGUCCCGACGCCCAGGACGACGCUCACCGGUCACGAAAAGCCCGUAUCGGGAGUCGUUAUCAGCGCAGAAUUGGGUCUCGUCGUUUCAGGAUCAACCAACGGACCUGUUCUAAUCCAUACUACAUUUGGCGAUUUACUGAGAUCGUUGGAAGCGCCGGAAGGUUUCUGCUCUCCGGAAAAUAUUGCAAUGUCCAGAGAAGGAGUGAUAGUAGUCAAUUAUAAGAAAGGAAACAUUGCCGCAUUUACGGUCAAUGGCAAAAGACUGAGAUAUGAGUCACACAAUGAUAAUUUACAGACGCUCCUGCUCAGUCGUGAUGGUGAAUACCUGAUGACUGGUGGAGAUAAAGGUAUUGUUGAGGUUUGGCGGACGUUUAACUUGGCACUGCUUUAUGCAUUCCCUGCUUGUGAUAGCAGCAUUCGAUCAUUAGCCUUAUCCCAUGAUCAGAAAUUCCUGCUGGCCGGCUUAGCAACUGGUUCAAUCGUGGUAUUCCACAUCGACUUUAACCGCUGGCAUCAUGAAUUUCAACAAAGAUAUUGACUUUUCUAGUACAAUCAUUGUGCUAUAGUGGUUUUCAGAUUGCACUGAUCAGUUAGGCUUUGUAAUAGUAUUAUUCUUCGGUAUGUAUUAAUUGCAAUCUUUAAUUUAUUGCA